AAAAAAAGAUCAGAAAUGGCGUAUGAUAGGCUGCAACCAUCACAACCUGGAGGUUCUACUCAGCAACAAAAUCAUGAAGAACACAAAGCUAGGAGUAACAAGAGAAAGAUUGUUAUUCUUUCGGUUAUUGCGGUGACGAUGAUCAUUGUUUCUGCUGUUUGUGCUGGUCUCGUAAUUGGUCUCCGUGACGGCGGUGCUGACUCAAUUGGCACCCAAGUUCGCCGUAAGCCCACCCAGGCUAUUUCUAAAACCUGUAGCAAAACCCGGUUCCCUACUCUCUGCGUCAACUCACUCCUCGAGUUCCCUGGCUCGCUCACCGCUAAUGAGCAAGACCUCGUUCACAUUUCCUUCAAUAUGACGUUGCAGCACUUCAGUAAAGCUCUUUACACGACUACCUCGAUCUCCAAUGUCCAGAUGGACCCACGUGUACGGUCGGCGUACGACGACUGCCUCGAGCUUCUGGAAGAUUCAGUCGACUCCCUCUCCCGUUCCCUCUCCUCCGUCAUUCCUUCUCAAGAAGGCGGGUCCACUCAGGACGUGAUGACGUGGCUCAGCGCUGCUUUGACGUACCAUGACACGUGUACUGAGGGAUUCGAGGGUGUGAGCGGGACGGUGAGGGAUCAAGUGACCGACAAACUGAAGGACUUAUCGGAGCUAGUGAGUAACUGCCUUUCGAUCUUCGCCGCGAGCGGCGGAGACGAUUUCGCUGGAGUACCGAUUCAGAACAGACGGUUGCUAUCGUCGGACGACGAUUUAUCGGGAGAGAGUAUCGACGAGGAGAAUUUCCCGAAAUGGCUUGGGAGAAAAGAAAGAGAGCUGCUAAGCACUCCCGCGUCGGCGAUCCAGGCCGAUGUAAUCGUAUCGAAAGAUGGAAAGGGCACCGUUAAAACAAUUUCUGAGGCGAUCAAAAAGGCGCCGGAGCAUAGUAAUCGGCGUUUCAUCAUCUAUGUGAUGGCAGGAAGGUACGAAGAGGAUAAUUUGAAGGUGGGGAGGAAGAAAACAAACUUGAUGAUUAUAGGUGACGGAAAGGGUAAAACAGUCAUUGCCGGAAGAAAAAGUGUAUCCGACGACUUUACCACAUUUCAUACUGCAGCCUUCGCGGCAACCGGAUCUGGUUUUAUUGCAAGGGACAUGACAUUCGAGAACUACGCUGGACCAGCCAAGCACCAAGCGGUAGCUCUUCGAAUCGGGGCUGAUCAUGGCGUCGUAUACAGGUGCAACAUCAUCGGAUACCAAGACACUUUGUACGUUCACUCGAACCGCCAAUUUUACCGUGAAUGCGACAUUUACGGUACGGUGGAUUUCAUUUUUGGUAAUGCCGCGGUGGUAAUCCAGAAUUGUGACAUUUACACCCGAAAACCCAUGGCCUCGCAGAAAAACACUGUAACUGCCCAAAACCGAAAAGACCCGAACCAAAACACCGGCAUAUCGAUCCAUAAAUCACGGAUCCUUCCCACACCGGAUCUCACUGCCUCCAAAGCUAACUUCCCGACAUACCUAGGCCGCCCCUGGAAGAUGUAUUCCCGGACGGUGUUCAUGUUAACAUACAUGGGUGACCACAUUCACCCAAAGGGAUGGUUGGAAUGGAACGGUAAUUUUGCAUUAGAUACAUUGUACUAUGGUGAAUACAAGAAUAACGGGCCGGGUGCGGCGGUCGGACAACGGGUAACAUGGGCCGGGUAUAGAGUCAUCACUUCAGAUACCGAAGCAAGCAAAUUCACUGUUGCACAGUUUAUUUAUGGAUCUUCAUGGUUACCAUCAACCGGGGUUGCUUUCAUGGCUGGCCUACAAGUUUAAAGUUAAAUGCUUCUUCUAAUAGUAUGAAAUAUAAAUUUAUGGUUCUAAUUUUUUACCCCAUGGUAUUGAAAUAACUAA